GGCAGAAAUGGGACAACACCCGGAAAUACAAAACAAGGCAGUUGGACUCCUCGGCACAGCGACAGACCAACAGGUGAAAGGAUGGAUACCCAGAGCCAGGUUGUGGACAGACUGCGGUCAGCAUUUCGAUCAGGCAUCACAAUACCAGAGCAGUUCCGUCAAACACAGCUUGCCAAGCUUAUGACCAUGAUCAAAGAUAAUGAGGAACAGAUUUUAAAUGCCCUGCACAAAGACCUUGCAAAGCCAAAAUUUGAGGCCAUCAUGUCUGAAAUUGAUAUAGUGAUCAAUGAGCUGCACUACACCAUCGCCAACUUAACAAGCUGGAUGCAGCCAGAGUACGUUAGCAAAAACCUGGCCACAAAGCUCGAUGACUGUUUUGUACGGAGGGAGCCAUUAGGAGUCGUGUUAAUCAUUGGACCGUGGAACUACCCCCUGCAGCUCCUUCUCUUACCUUUGGUUGCAGCCAUCGCUGCAGGAAACUGUGCAGUCAUCAAGCCUUCAGAGGUCAGUACCGCCACAGAUGGUGUGAUAGCAGAGCUCAUCCCCAAAUAUUUGUCGCAGGACUGUUAUGCAGUUGUUCGUGGUGGAGCAGAAGAGACCCAGACACUUCUGCAGAAUCGCUUUGACCACAUCUUCUACACAGGUUCUCAGACUGUGGCACGCAAAAUCCUGCAGGCAGCCUUGGUCCACUUGACCCCAGUGACAUUGGAACUGGGCGGCAAGUGUCCAUGCAUCAUAUAUGGACAGGUAAACAUUGCAGGAGCUGCUCGCCGAUUGGUGUGGGCAAAGUUUUUCAACGCUGGCCAGAGCUGUGUGGCCCCAGACUACGUGCUGUGCACGCAGUCCACCCGGGAUGCUCUGGUGCCUGCACUUCGUGAGACCCUGGAGGAAUUUUACAGCAAGGAGCCUCAAACCUGUCCUGACCUGUCCCGCAUAGUUUCACCCCGACACUGGACGCGACUGAUGGAACUGCUUGGGAGGUCCAGCGGCAAGGUUGUUUUGGGAGGAGAGAGCAACCAGGGGAACAAGUACAUAGCUCCCACAGUGGUGGUGGAUGUGGCUGAUGAUGAUGCUUUAAUGGAGGAGGAGAUUUUCGGGCCCAUCCUGCCCAUCGUCACCAUUGAGUCUCUGGAGGAAGGAAUCGACUUCAUCAACCGCAAAGAGAAGCCACUUGCCCUCUAUGUGUUCUCUGAAGAAUCCUCAGUGGUAAACACAGUACUGGAAAAGAGCAGCAGUGGAGGGUUCUGCUCUAAUGAUGGGAUCGUCCACAUGUCCUUGCCAACCCUGCCCUUUGGAGGUGUAGGGGCCAGCGGUUGGGGUAGUUAUCACGGCCGCUGGGGCUUCGAAGCGUUCAGCCACCGGCGGGGCUGCAUGCUGCGUGGCUGGGCUUUGGAGAGACUGAACGGCCUGCGCUACCCACCUUACACAGAAGAAAAGCUGAACUGGCUGCGCUGGACCACCUCAGCCAAGCGCAGCUGCACACUUAUGUGAUGAACAGCCGGCUGUGCGUGUGUGUGUAAAGAUCGUCAGAGUUUUUAUACUGUAUGAAUGUGAGUGUUGGGGAAAUUCAGAUAGAAAUGGGAUUCACCUUUCCUUUUUACUGUAUUGUGGGUUGUGUUUGUAUAUAUUAACAAAGUGGAUGUUGUUAUAUCCUUCUUCACAGUGUUCAUCAUACUAAGCAGACCCCUAUGACACGAAGUAAUAAUCUUUGUCACUAUUGUAUUAUGAUUUUCUAUCUACAGUGUAUUAAGAAUAUAUCCCACCCUGUAUUUUCUCCUGUGGAAAAAAUCUUUUGAUAUUAUUUCGGGUAUUGUUCUCAACACAGAUUACAUAUAAACCAGGCUGCUUAUUUUAUUGAUCAAACCACUGAAAUGUUUGCCUAUUUUUAUUCUUUUUCACCAGCAUUUUUAUGUAGUGACAAUGGUGUUACAUUGUUUUUAAUAAUCUCCUUUGAUUGUUGUAAAGUUUUGUUCAAUGGGUUUAUGUCUUGGUGUUUGUCUUGGUGUCAGAUGUCUUUGUGUGGGUUUUAAUAUUGUUUUCCACAAAAUACUGUGAAUAAAUUUGAAAUUCCACUUUUAAUUGCAAACAAUUGAUUUAGAAGUUAUUGUCCUUCAAUAGAAGCAAACAGUCCUUAUUUGUUCACUCUGACACUUCAGAGAUGUUAAUUUACAAAAUAUGUAGCAUGAACACAUUCACAUGCAUUUGUACGAAAGGAGGAACAAACAUAUUUUCACAACUUAAGCAGAAUCUCAUUUGACUCAGAACAAAUAUGAAUGCAAAUGAAGAUAAUCAGAAACAUUUCCUUUUACAUCUUAAAUGUUUUCCUAAGCUAUGUC